AAGGACAGUUUAGGGUUCGCUUCCUGUGUGCGCUUCGAUCCUUUUUUCCUUUUCCUCGCUUCCUUCUUUAUUUUUGGCGAUUGAAAGACGAGCUGUGCGCGUUUAAUCUAGGAAGUUGGCUUGUGAUAGUGGUCCUUCAAGCAAGCAAAAAUUUCAGUCAACUAGAAGGAUAAGAAAUUUCAGAGCAUAUGUAAUAAAUCAGGUUAAACCAAAAUCAAGAAAAUGGGAGAGCCCUUUGGGGGCUCUUUAGAUCGAGGAAUGGUAAAUGGAGGUUCAAAUACAGAAGACGAAUUGCACCACAUGUACAGGUCAAGCUGGUAUUUUAAUAAGGAAGAGAUAGAAAAGAACUCUCCCUCGAGGAAAGAUGGUAUUGACAAGAUGAAGGAAUCACAACUACGAAUGUUCUACUGUUCAUUCCUUAGGGAUAUUGGCAUCAAGCUUCGCCUACCACAAGUCACCACUGCAACAGCAAUUGUAUAUUGUCAUCGCUUCUAUCUCCAUCAAUCCCAUGCAGAGAAUGAUUGGCAGACUGUUGCAACUGCAUGCAUGUUCCUUGCCUCCAAAGUAGAAGAGACACCAUGUCGUUUGGACAAGAUUGUCGUCAUUGCAUAUGAGACAAUGCAUAAAAGUGAUCCUAGUGCUGCAGGGAGAAUUCGUGAAAAGGCUACCUUCCAGAAACAAAAGGAUCUUGUUUUGAUUGGGGAAAGAGUGCUUCUAUCAACAAUUCGAUUUGAUUUCAAUGUGCUUCAUCCUUACAAGCCACUUCUCGAAGCUCUGAAGAAAUUUGGGAUUACUCAAAGAGAAGUUAGGCAAACUGCAUGGAACCUUGUGAAUGACUGGCUUUGGACAACAUUUUACGUACAAUAUAAGCCCCACUAUAUAGCAGCCAGUUCUCUUUUUCUUGCCGCUAAGCUCCAUAAUAUAAAGCUUCCUUCAGAAAGGGGUUAUGUCUGGUGGCAUGAAUUUGAUAUUAUCCCUCGCCAAUUAGAAGGGGCAAUUCAGGAAAUGUGUCAACUUUUGCAAUGCAAUCGAAAAUCCUCUGUAACUUCGUUCGGGCAGCCAGUACAAGCUCCUGUAGCAAUCAACGAGAAGCAGUUCUCAAGCAGUCCUGAUUCUGUUUUAAGGACAACAUGCAUCUCCAGUAACAGCUCAAGUCAAGAUUCUAAUGCUGAUCUUAACAGCCAUAAACACACAGAUUUAGAUUGUCAUAUCCAAACUAACUUCUCAAGUUCUGAGAAAAAAAAGAUUUAUUUGGAGUGUAGAACGGGACCUCAGUGCCAUAAGACUGGUACUGACAUUCCAACUGCUGCUGCUAAGCAUAAUGGUACAUCAGUGGAUAAACAAUCAAUGAGAAAAAGGGAGCACAUACAGAGUAUGUUUGGUGAAAUCGACAAGGAUCGCAUUCAAGCAACUAUUAAGAGGAAAAGGGAAAGAGAAGUUCCAGUGGUCGAACCAUCUUCAAAGAAACAAUUGUGUAUACACUAAAGAUUUAUCUGGCAUCCUACUUUUGUAACCUAUAGAAACAGCUUUACUUGUUAGGAAGAGUAAACUUCGGAUGGAUCAUUUCUGAUACAUUGACAUUGAAGUCCUCACAAAUUUUCCACUUUUCCCUCAUAACCAUCUCUGGAGCAAUAUUGCUGCACAAUUCUUCAGGCAAUUACCAAGAAAUCAUCUGUAUGCAUACAACUGUGUUUCAUUGUUCACUUGUAAGUUUGACCAUGUAAAUGCAAGAAAACAAUUGUUGGUAUAGUUUGUCAUUCUUUUCAUA